CUGAAGCAAAGGCCGAUAACGUAGAUUACGUGUACCCGUCGGCGGCGACGAACAUGGAGGAGUGCGGUCCGCGAGUGGCCAUUCCACCGCCUCAACCAUUCGUCAAGUCAUUCAUGUACUCUCUUAAAGAGACUUUUUUUCCGGACGACCCUUUCAGCCAAUUCAAAAACCAGCCACCUUCCAGAAAACUUCUUCUCGGCCUCCAGUACUUCUUCCCUGUCCUCGAAUGGUUACCUCGCUACACUCUCAGCUUCUUCAAAUCAGACAUCAUUGCCGGCAUCACCAUCGCCAGCUUGGCUAUUCCUCAAGGCAUCAGUUACGCCAAACUCGCCAACCUCCCUCCAAUUCUUGGGCUGUAUUCCAGCUUCAUACCGCCAUUGAUUUAUGCGAUGAUGGGAAGUUCGAGGGAUUUGGCGGUGGGAACAGUGGCGGUUGGGUCGCUUUUGCUGGGCUCCAUGCUGGCUAGAUCGGUCAAUCCCAACGUCGACUCCAGGCUCUUCCUUCACCUUGCUUUCACUGCUACAUUCUUCGCCGGGGUUUUGCAAGCUUCACUGGGUUUGUUUAGGUUAGGUUUUAUUGUGGAUUUUCUGUCACAUGCAUCAAUAGUAGGGUUCAUGGGAGGAGCAGCAACAGUGGUUUGCCUGCAACAGCUGAAAUCGAUUCUGGGACUGGAGCAUUUUACCCAUGACGCCGAUCUUGUCUCUGUGAUGCGAUCCGUUUUUAGCCAAACACACGAGUGGAGAUGGGAAAGCGCUGUGUUAGGGUGCUGCUUCAUUUUCUUCUUGCUCCUCACCCGGUACUUCAGCAAACGACGACCGAAGUUCUUUUGGGUGUCAGCAAUGGCGCCGUUGACGUCCGUGAUCCUGGGAAGUCUGCUUGUUUAUUUUACUCAAGCCGAGAAGCACGGCGUUCAAGUGAUCGGAGAGCUGAAGAAGGGAUUAAAUCCCCCUUCCUUCAAAGAUCUGGUAUUUGUGUCGCCUUAUAUGACCACAGCUGUUAGAGCUGUUGUCACGGGCAUCAUAGCCCUCGCCGAAGGAAUAGCAGUUGGAAGAAGCUUUGCAAUGUUCAAGAACUACCAUAUCGAUGGCAACAAAGAGAUGAUAGCUAUUGGGACCAUGAACAUAGUUGGUUCUUUUACCUCCUGCUACCUCACAACAGGGCCAUUUUCGCGGACGGCUGUGAACUACAAUGCGGGAUGCAAGACUGCAGUAUCAAACAUUGUGAUGGCAAUAGCAGUGAUGAUGACAUUGUUAUUCUUGACGCCCUUGUUCUAUUACACUCCACUGGUGGUGCUCUCGGCCAUCAUUGUGUCAGCAAUGCUGGGCCUUAUAGAUUACGAAGCAGCCAUGCAUCUUUGGAAGAUUGACAAGUUUGACUUCCUAGUAUGCAUCAGUGCUUACGUUGGUGUCGUCUUUGGCAGUGUCGAAAUUGGCCUUGUCAUAGCCGUAUUCAUAUCUGUGCUUAGGGUUCUCUUGUUUGUUGCAAGGCCAAGGACGUUUGUUUUAGGCAACAUUCCAAAUUCUGUCGUGUACAGAAAUGUUGAACAGUAUCCAAAUGCCAACCAUGUUCCUGGAAUACUAAUUCUAGAGAUUGAUUCCCCGAUCUACUUUGCCAAUGCAAGUUAUUUGAGAGAGAGGAUCACGAGGUGGAUUGAUGAAGAGGAAGGCAGGGUUAAAGCCACAGGGGAAGCCAGUUUGCAGAGUGUGAUACUAGAUAUGACUACCAUUGGGAACAUUGAUACGAGUGGAAUAAGCAUGCUUGAAGAGGUGAAGAAGAUUGCAGAUAGAAGAGGGCUGCAGCUUGUUCUGGUCAAUCCUGGAAGUGAAGUGAUGAAGAAGCUCAAUAAAGCCAUGUUCAUUGAGACUAUAGGUCAGAAAUGGGUCUUCCUGACAGUUGAAGAGGCUGUUAGAGCAUGCAACUACAUGCUUAUGCUUCGUGCAAAACCUCAUCCCAAGAAAGAUGAAUCCGAGGCUUGGAACAAUGUCUAGGCUACGUACAAAUAUUGAAGCACUUUAGAGAGCUCCGUUUCGUCUAGUUAUUGAAUACGAGCAAGUAAAAUCAUGUCCUCAUAGGAUUUAGGGGCAUAGGAAGAUGAAGAGAAUGGAUCUCUUUAUAUCUGAUCUGAAGUUUGCAGUUUUAGUUGGAAGAUGGUUUUGAUCAUAAGCUGCUAAAUCUUAUGCAUCAUUGUAGUUUAUUCAAAAGGAAAGUAAUUGGUUUCUGCAACGAAA